CAACCCUGUGCAUGCAUGACACAUAAAGCAGGAGCCUUUAGGGACGUGGAUACGCUCACUGGUUGCUUUCUGCAUAGCAAUGUCUGCCGCGAAGCUAACCUCUUUGAUUGUUUUGCUGAAGCACUUUCAGAUCGACAAUGAUUUUUCUUGAUGUGGACAGUAUCUAGCUGUCUGCGCAUACUCACUACUCGUCUACGACUACUUCCUCACAUUCGAACGAGAGGUUGAGCUUGUGUGGAGUGCAAAAUGGAAUCUCACCAAGAUCCUCUUCUUCCUCACGCGCUACCCCGUAUUCGCCGACUCAGCCAUGGUGCUAUAUCAUAACGUGGGCAGUAACCUCUCAGUGGGGAUGUGCAGAUGGAUGUACAACAUCACCGGAUGGAUGUUUCUUUGGGGAAUAGGCAUUGCCGAACUCAUUCUCAUCAUCCGGACAUGGGCAAUCUGGGGACGGGACAAGCGGAUAGGGCUGGGCUUGUCAGCAGGCUUUCUUAGCCUCUGGAUCGUCAACUCGUACUUCCUCAACAAAUUCCUGAAUUCUCUGAGAUUCGAGCCUGCGCAGGCGAUCGCACCGUCUCUGCAAGGCUGUCUCCCCGUCGCGGGGGGAAACGUGCUUUUUAUUGACUUCGUACUACUGAUGGUAUUCGAGACCGUCGUGCUCGGACUAACAGUCUUCAAGAUGGUGCAUACAUCCCGAAGGAGCACUUCGCCGCUCGUACGCUCGCUCUAUCGAGAUGGGAUUUUCUUCUAUCUGUACCUAUUCGCAAUAUCGCUCGUCAACGUCGUGGUGCUACUGACAACACCACGCGAGUUCGCGAACCUCCUCUCCUCCCUGCAGCGCUCACUGCACUCGAUGCUCUCCGCACGCCUGCUUUUGAACCUGCGCGAGGCGUCGGUGCGGUCGCGCGUGCUUGCGGACGGCGCGCCGCUCGGCGGCGAGAGCGCACUCGCGGGCGAGACGGGUCUGAGCAGCAUGCGCUUCACGCAGGAGACGCGCACGAAGCGCAGCGCGUCCGCGGCGCUCUUCAGCGUCGACGACGGCGCGUGGGUCGACGGCGAGAGCUCGCUCGACACGCAUACCUCGUCGGAGGCGUCGCAGACUCAGGAUUUCGAGCUCGGGCCCGUGUCGGAGGGGCGAAGGGGUUAUGCACGAGAGCGGUAGUGUCCACUGGGUAUCAUAAUUUUGGGAGCCUAAUAUGGGAUUUUUGGACGCAUAUUGAGGAUAGACGUGUAUUUUUUUGUAGAAUUUAUCAGGUUAAUUGAGCAGUACGGACGUGACCGUGCG